CUAGAUUAAUUCCGGGGUUUUUUUUUUUUUUUAAUUUUGGAUUUUGGAAGAAGGGAUUGUAUUGAAGCUUGAAUUGAGGUGAAGAUAAAGAGCUAAGUGAUCAAGUUCCUUCUUCUUCUUCUUCUAUUUUUUUUUUUUAUCCUGGAUGGUGAAUUGUGUUGAAAUCAUUGGGGGUUCUUGAAUCUUGAUUGAAUUCUUGCUUUUGCGGCGGAUAUCUUGAAUUGGGUUUCCUUCAAAGUCCAAUUUUGUUCUUUGUUUGUUUUAUGGGAUUUUAAGGUUUUCUUUCGGCUUUUGCUGGUGAACACUGCAUUGAAGUUCUCUGCAAAAGCUUAAAGCCGUUAUUCUCUGUCAAGGUCUGAAAUUUGGUUGCGUUACUUGUUUUAGCCCCCGUAUUUCACUGUUCUUGAUAUUCAAUCAAGGAAAGCUUUCAAUUGCAAUGGCUACUCGGCCACAAGCUUCUCCCGGAUACUCUAGGACUAUGACUCCUCAGAUGGGUUAUCCUUCGCCUAAUCCUGAUAAAAGUUCAAUUGCUCCUGCUCCUUCCACAAUCUCACCUGGAGCACCUAGAUUUCCUCCGCCAAAUUUACAACAUGAUCAGAUCGCUUCCCCUUCAAUAAAAAAUCCUACUAUGCUAUCACCGGCAAAUGGGGUCAAAACUGGAAGCCCUAUUCCCCAUCUGAGCACUCCCCCUGGCCCUCCUGUAUUUACAUCACCAGUCCGGCCUGCUGCUGUGCCUUUCCGAACCUCUCCUGCGACUCCUCAGCCAGUUGCUUUCUCAUCUGGGUCAUCCUUGCCCACAUCUUCACCUCUCCAAUUUUCAAAUGGGUCAGUUGAGCUGCAACAGCAACUUCCCAGUGCUAUAGAGGAAUCUGUGCCCGAUGGAGAGUCACCAUGCGUUUUAUUCUCAGCUCAUAAGGUGUUGAAACACAAGAAACAAGCCAACAUACCUAGUUUAGGUUUUGGGGUAUUGGUUUCUCCUGGGAGGGAGACGUCAGCAGGUCCUCAAGUGAUACAACGUGAUCCUCAUCGAUGCCAUAAUUGUGGAGCUUAUUCAAAUCUUUACGCCAACAUACUAAUUGGCUCAGGCCAAUGGCAAUGUGUAAUCUGCCGGAAUCUAAAUGGAAGUGAAGGUGAAUACAUUGCAUCAAGCAAGGAAGAGCUCCAUAGUUUUCCUGAGCUAGCAUCACCUUUGGUUGAUUUCAUUCAAACAGGGAAUAAAAGAUCAAGUUUUGUUCCAGUUACUGAUUUGAGAACAUCUGCACCGGUUGUUCUUGUCAUUGAUGAAUGUUUAGAUGAGCCACACCUUCAGCAUUUGCAGAGCUCACUGCAUGCAUUUGUCGAUUCAGUGCCACCAACAAUAAGAAUUGGGAUAAUUUUGUAUGGUCGCACGGUAUCAGUCUAUGACUUUUCAGAGGAAUCCAUAGCAUCCGCUGAUGUGAUUCCAGGUGGCACUUCACCAACUCAGGAGACCUUGAAAGCAUUGAUUUAUGGAACUGGUAUAUACUUGUCGCCAAUGCAUGCUUCAAAAGAGGUGACACACCUAAUAUUCUCUUCAUUGAGGCCAUACAAGUUGAAUGUUCCAGAAGCAUCAAGAGAUAGGUGCUUGGGUACUGCGGUUGAGGUUGCUCUGGCUAUUAUUCAAGGACCAUCUGCUGAUAUGUCUCGAGGUGUAGUUAAAAGGCCAGGUGGUAAUAGCAGAAUCAUUGUGUGUGCUGGUGGACCGAAUACUUAUGGCCCUGGAUCUGUCCCUCAUUCUUAUACUCACCCUAAUUAUCCUUAUAAGGAAAAGACAGCAUUGAAAUGGAUGGAGCAUCUUGGUCGCAAGGCUCAUCAACAUAACAUAGUCGUUGACAUUCUCUGUGCUGGAACUUGCCCUGUAAGGGUUCCUGUACUGCAGCCUCUUGCAAAAGCUUCAGGGGGUGUGUUGGUUCUUCAUGAUGACUUUGGUGAAGCCUUUGGUGUGAACUUACAAAGGGCAUCUGCAAGGGCCGCUGGUUCCCAGGGUUUGUUGGAGAUUCGCUGUUCUGAUGAUAUUCUUGUUACUCAGGUUGUGGGUGCUGGUGAAGAGGCACAUAUAGACACCCAUGAAACCAUUAAAAAUGAUAUUUCUCUAUGUAUUCAAAUGCUUAGUGUUGAGGAAACACAAUGCUUCUCAAUUUCGAUGGAGAAUACACAUGACAUCAAAAGUGAUUACGUAUUUUUCCAAUUUGCUAUUCAAUAUUCAAAUGUUUAUCAAGCUGAUAUAGCUAGAGUGAUUACUAUCAGAUUGCCAACUGUGGAUAGUGUUUCAGCUUAUCUUCAAAGUGUUCAAGAUGAGGUGGCUGCAGUCCUAAUUGCCAAGAGGAGUCUCUUGCAAGCAAAAAGUAAUUCUGAUGCAAUUGAUAUGCUGACAACAAUUGAUGAAAGAAUUAAAGACAUUGCUUUAAAAUUUGGGUCUCAAGUGCCGAAGUCAAAGCUUUAUCGGUUCCCAAAGGAAAUCUCUUUACUACCAGAGCUUCUAUUCCAUCUUAGGAGGGGCCCACUGUUAGGAAAUAUAGUUGGUCAUGAGGAUGAGAGGUCUGUACUGCGGAAUUUGUUUUUGAAUGCAUCCUUUGAUCUUUCACUUCGCAUGGUUGCCCCGCGCUGUCUGAUGCACCGGGAAGGAGGCGCUUUUGAAGAGUUGCCUGCUUAUGAUCUUGCCAUGCAGUCUGAUACAGCUGUUGUUCUAGACCAUGGUACGGAUGUCUUCAUUUGGUUGGGUGCUGAACUUGCAGCCGAUGAAGGAAGAAGUGCAGCAGCUUUGGCUGCUUGUAGAACAUUGGCAGAAGAGCUCACAGAGUUACGAUUUCCAGCGCCUCGGAUUCUUGCAUUCAAGGAGGGGAGCUCUCAGGCUAGAUAUUUUGUUUCUCGGCUGAUACCAGCACACAAGGAUCCUCCUUACGAGCAGGAAGCAAGAUUUCCACAGCUUCGAACCCUGACAAUAGAACAGCGGACAAAAUUGAAAAGCAGUUUUAUUCACUUUGAUGAUCCCAGCUUCUGUGAAUGGAUUCGGAGUUUGAACGUAAUGCCCCCAGAACCAAUCUAAGAGAUGUGUUACCUUUUUUUGCGGUUAAAAUUCCCACAAAGUUGCAUCCAACCAUCAUUUAUUGGAACCUUUCUUCUUCUUCUUCUUCUUCUUCUUCUUCUUCUUCUUCUCCCUGUGUAACUCAUUCAUCUUUUCUUUUUAUCAUUUUUUUUUCUUUUCUAUAAAAAUUUCCCUCUCUUUUAAACUUCAAAGCAACAGCUAUUCUUCGUAGUAAUUCCUAAGUUUAACAUUGUUGUCUCUUUCUUGGCUGAAAAUGCUUUGCUAGAGUCACUGCAGCAUGUUUACUUUGGAGAAGAGUUCAAUUCAAGGAAAUCUGAUUUUGUAGCUUUUGCCUUGGCUUUGUGAGCCAGGAGAUAA